CGGAGAGCUCCGGACGUUGUGGGAACGUAUAUAAAGGAAGGAGACGAAAAAAUAUCGGGGUUUUUUUUUUUUGAAUUGAGAGUUGAAAUCGUGUUUGAAAAGUGAUAUUUUUGCUUGAUCAACAUGGAGCGUAUGGACCCAGGCGAUGAAGACAGCCCUAGCGUUGUCAGAAGACAGGUUUGCGAGCUAGAAUAACUCAAUUUCAUACCUCAUUUCUGUGUUAUUCAAAUUCAGAAUAAAGUACAAAUUAUUAACACAUAUUAAAUCCUAUCAGCUGAUAAAUAUCAAGCUGUAUAUAAGAAUAACAACUGUAUAUAUAUUAAAGUCUAGCAGUUUCAAGUUCACAUCAAACGUAUUAAACUUCACACAUGUUAUUUAAGAUUUAAAAAACACCAUUAUAAAUUUCCAAUAUAUUAAUACGAGGACGAAGUUGGUAUUUUUCCGGUCACGGAAACCAUUGAGGCCAAAGGCAAUGGUAAGAAUCAAGGCAAGUGUGUUAACCACUCGGGCUACCGAGGAUUUGCUUGAAAAUUAAUGAAAUUUACUUGAUGUUAUUUUAGCAAGCUGACAACGAAGAAAUGAACCAAUCAAAUUAGUUCACAGACAAAUAGCCAAAGCUCAUUGGUUUCUGUGACCGGAAAAAUAACCACCUUUUUAUAAUGAAUACUAAUGACUGCCAGGCAUCUAGAUAUUUUGUAAAAUUAAUAAUCAGAUUCAACCUCUUCCUGACCCCAGUUCAUCUUAUUUUCCAUCCAGACAUCACAUCUGUACCCGCCCAGCGUGCAAUCAACCUCUUCGUUUCAAAGUGGUAUGUCCCCCUUCCCACUAAACCCCAUGACCCCUGGACCAAUGACGCCUCUCACACCUAUGACGCCAAUGUCGGUUGAAUCAUCGGGAAUUUUACCACAGCUACAGUGAGUGAUACUUGUUUGAAUGAUUGAACCGGUAGGGAUGUGCUCCGGCAAAAUGCAGACAUCCAGCACUAUUUGAUAUCUGGUAAAAGUUUGCCUCAUAUUUACUAGAUAGUAUUGGAACUUUUAUUAUGUCCACAAAACUGUCUGUUUUGCAUUAAGAUAUUGUGAAAACAGUGAAACACAAACAACUAUCGGACAUGUGACACAUUGGGUCAUUCCAAAAAACAUCCACACCUCAGCCCCACGGAGGAAAUUGGAAGUUUUUAACCGCCCUACCCCCUUCGUAUGUCCUAAUACACUUACUAUUAUCAGAAACAAUUUUUCUCCCCUCCCCCUCCAGAUGGUAGAAAUUUUCUUUGUGGGGGGAGCGUGUAUCUUUUCUGGAACGACCAGAAAAUAUUUGUACCGGUAAUGUAAACUCUACACUAAACAGACAACAGAUUAUUUUAUGACAAAAAGUUAGUGACAUAUUGUCCAAGUACCACCAUCAGUAUCUGGUUAUGGUAGACUAGUAUCCUGGGGCAGUUGUACAAAGGCCGGAUAGCGCUAUCCACCGGAUAGUCAUUUUUUCAAGAUUUGUUAAAUCAGUUGUUGAUUGGUAUAACUCAUUUUAAAGUUUAGUACUUAUAAGUUAAAUGUUUUUUAUACUUCUUGUGUCGUUUAUAUCCGUAGUUUCGCAGUUUUUGAAGCAUUUUCUCAAAGGUUGAAAAAAUCACUAUCCGGUGGAUAGCGCUAUCUGGCCUUCAUACAACCGGCCCCAGCAUCCGGCACAUCCUUACUAACCUGGCUUUAAACCAGCCCAAGAAGGAUAAAAUUGCAUUUUUUACCUGAUCAUAGGAAUAUUGUAUCGACUGUGAAUCUUGGCUGUAAGUUGGAUCUGAAAAAAAUUGCAUUACAUGCAAGAAAUGCAGAAUACAACCCUAAGGUAAUAUGCAUGUUACCAGUACUUUGAUAUUUUACUCCGUCAAAAGCCAGACCAUUUUAUGUGUUAAGGUAUUGUGAUUUGAGGUGAGUUUAGCUCUGUUAUUUUUUAUUCAAUAGAGAUUUGCAGCUGUUAUUAUGAGAAUACGAGAACCAAGGACGACAGCUUUGAUAUUUAGUUCAGGAAAGAUGGUCUGUACUGGGGCGAAAAGGUAGAUUUUUUACCGUACAUCUGCAUAUAUGCAAUAACUGUGUAGCCCGCUUGCAGCCCAAAAUUUUGAGGGCGGAAUUCAGGCUGCAAGCAAGCUAUUACUGUGAUAUAGUUUUCCUGCUAACGUUGCUUUGCAACAGUCGGCCAACAUUUAACAUGUAUUGACUGGCUCUGAAGAAAACUGUAUGUUUUGUGGAUCACCAAUGAAAUAUGAACUUUGACGCUUGAUAUACAACAAAUUAUUUUCAAUUUUCCAGUGAAGAUCUGUCAAGACUGGCCGCCAGAAAGUAUGCUCGGGUUGUUCAAAAAUUGGAUUUUCCAGUAAGUCAUAUUGAGGAAAGGCUGUGAUUCAGGAGAGUUGGUACUCUACAGUAGCUUGGAGUUUCUUAAUUGUACUUCAUUUCUUAGGCAAAGUUCACAGAGUUUAAAAUUCAGAAUAUGGUGGGAAGCUGUGACGUUAAGUUUCCAAUCAGAUUAGAAGGACUAGUACUGGCCCACGCUCAAUUCUCAAGGUAAGAUGCUCUCCGAACAAGAAAACUAAACCAACCGUGUGGUCAGAGCUCAACAACUGGCCUCUGUAGCUCAGCUGGUUAGAGCGCUGCAUCAGAAUCGCAGGGCAGCAGGUUCAAUUCCUGCCAGGAACGUAUAGUUGCAUUUUUCGCUUCUGUUCCUGGUUAGGUGUAAAAAAUAUAUAUAAAAUUCACACUCCAAUUCUCAUAUAAAUAUUUUGCAGUUAUGAACCAGAAUUAUUUCCUGGUUUAAUCUAUCGUAUGGUGAAACCUCGUAUAGUGUUGUUGAUCUUCGUCUCGGGAAAAGUCGUGUUGACAGGUUUGUUUACAUUUACUGCAUAGAGAGGCUCAGAUUUUGAUCGCUGCUACCAUUAGCCAAUCAAGAUCACAGAAAAUUUGAUAGUGUACCAUCGAAAAUUGUUUCUUGUAUUUUAGGAGCGAAAGAGAGGCAAGAAAUCUACGAUGCAUUUGAGAAUAUAUAUCCUAUAUUAAAAUCCUUCCGAAAGUCAUGAUAUCACAUUCCACAUCGAGAUAGCUUGGUUGCUGUGUACAUCAUACACGCGCUAAGAUGCGGUGUUGUGUUCUUAAAGUUGGGGGCGUUGUGUGUGCAUUUGGAUGGACUAAAUUAUUGACGUUGGAUAAAUUAUACCUUGCAAGACAUUUUCACAGAGUAUGAUCAUCUCAGUGUACAAACUAUAUUAUAUUUAAAUGCUGAAAUAUUAAGGCCGAAUUACACUACACAAUCUUUGCCUAAAACUGUCGCAUGCAACCUGUUUACAACUUGAGUUGUACUGUGGAAAUCAAGCACACAACUUACUUAUGUUGUUGUAGGUGAGUCCAUUGUGUGUUUGAUUUACACAGUACAACUCAAGUUGUAAGCAGAUUGCACGCGACAGUUUUUGGCAAACGUUUUCUAGUGUAAAUCGGUCUUUACACAGAUCUUUAUGGACUUGAGAGUUGAGUUAAGAAAAUUUUAGAUGUUAGUUUUUGUGAUAUACUAGAUAGGAACGAAAUUGGGUCAUUCCAGAAAACAUCCAUACCACCCCCACGGAGGAAAUAGGAAGUUAACCCCCCUAUCCCCUUCGGAUGUCCUUAUACAUUUACUAUUAUCAGAAACAAUUUUUUCUCCCCUCCGGACGGCAGAAAUUUCCUCCGUGGGGGGAGUAUGGAUCCUUUCUGAAACGACCCAAUAUAUUUAUGGCUUCAUAAACACCAGUGGUAUAUGAAAAUUAUAUGUCCGAAAAAUACAAACUUUACAAAUAUCACCAGGCGUUACAGUAUACCAUUUACUACAACUUGUUACUGUACAUAAACUGUUUAAAUUUUAUAUACAGAUUAUAAAUAUAACAACGUUAACAAAUACAUCUUUUUUACAAUCAUUUUGUAUUGUGGUUAUUCUUGUUUUUAGCACACAAAAUCUGCCAAACUUGAUGCCGGAAAGAACUGUUAGAGUUUUAAUCUUUUGCAAGUACACA